GUUCAAUAAUUAUUCAUAAGUUAAUAACUUAUAUAACUCAUGAACUUUGCACUUUGGCUUAUGAAUAAAAGCUUCAAACAAAUUUGGAAUUGUGGAAUUAACCUAAAUUAGUUGGAUAAUCUGUACAAUAGUGAGUACAGGUUUGUUGCGUGUGUGUGAUUAAAUUGCUACAAUGAGAAAUGAGCAGUGCACGUUAUGUAUCCUGCUUUUGUCAAUUUCUGCUGUACAAACCUGCAUUAGAAAUCAGAAAAGUGCACCAUUCGUUCAUACUUCAUGCGGGCCGAUAGAAGGACUAAAAACCUCAUCGUAUGUAUUUAAGGGAAUUCCAUAUGCUAAACCACCAAUAUCCAGUCUACGAUGGAAGCCACCUGUACCAUUAACGAAAAGGGAUAACACAUGUUGGGAUGGUAUCCUCAAAGCAACCGAGUUUGGGAAUUGGUGUGUUCAACGAGAUCCAACGUCUCCCAUUGGCAUUUCUGGGAGCGAGGAUUGUUUGUAUUUGAACGUAUGGACGCCUACAAUAAACAGGAAUGCCAAUUUGCCAGUGAUGGUUUGGUUUCAUGGCGGUUCUCUCACAGAAUUAAGUGGAAAUUUUCCUACUUAUAGUCCAUCUGAAGAAGUUGCAGAGGCAACAAAUAUGGUUUAUGUUAGCAUGAACUACAGAUUAAAUGCUUUUGGGUUCAUGACUCUAUCAACUCCGUUACGUUUAACGGGAAACUAUGGUUUCAUGGACCAGAUAUUGUCGUUACGAUGGGUAAAAGAAAAUAUCAGGAGUUUUGGAGGUAAUCCAAAUCUGGUGACGUUGUUUGGGCAAAGUUCUGGAGCUACAAGCAUAAUGGUUUUAAUGGCUUCGCCAAUGACAACUGGUCUUUUCCAUAGAGUUUGGAUGAUGAGUGGAUCUGCCUUAUUGAAUAAAACGUACGAGGAGGCCGCAUUCGACAAUAAGAUAUUUCUUGAGAAUACUAAAUGUGCAGGAGCAGAUUGUUUGAUUAAUCUUCCCGCCAAAUAUAUUAUGGACGCCAUUCCAUGGGAUGUUUAUCCAUACUGGGCUAUGGAUGAUUUCGGUGAUUUACCUACUAACAAUCUAUUUGUUGGUGCUCUUGCAGUAGUUGAUGGUUUAGUUUUACCAGCUUCGCCUUUUGAGCUUUGGAAAAAAGGAAAAGGGAAUGAUGUUCCAGUAAUCAUAGGUAGUUCAGCUCAGGAACUGGAUUACUCUCCGAAGCAUACUGAUAUCGAGAAUUGGACAUGGGAUGAUUAUAUUAACAGGGUAUCAGAGAAAAUGAAUACGUUUCCUACAAUAAACGCAGAUCAGGUAAUUGGAAUGUAUCCAACGGGAGUAAUAUCUCCUGAAUACCAAUACACAACCAUGGGAACAGAUAUCCGUGUUACCUGUCCUGUAGAUGUGAUGACUCAUGCUAUAGGAUCCAGUUACAAGGCACCAGUAUACAGAUAUAUUGUCACAGCUUUUCCAACGGAACCAGCAUAUUUUUACGGAGUACCAUUUAAAGCAAAGUAUGCUGCACAUGGAAUUGAUGCAUUUGCUUUUUUCAACACCUUAAGAUAUUAUUACAAAAUUUCAAAAAAGGACAAACAGUUAACAGACACCUUAAGGAAAGAAAUAAUAAAUUUUGUCAAAACAGGAAAGCCGAGUACAAGCCUCUGGGAUGAGUUUCCAGAUAAAACUGCCAUACUAUCUGAUGGUUUAGUCGUUUCAGGGGGAUACCACAAGCAGGAAUGUUCAUUCUGGAUAAAAAACGGAUUCCUUCCAUAUUCAUGGAUUAAUUAAACAUAACAAUUCCUGUGACCUAUAUAAAUAUUGUCUCUAUUUAAGAGGGGGAAUGAAAAAUAGGUUAAAAAAAGUAAAAAAACAUGACCAACGGCUUAAAGAAUGUGAAGCUAUUUAUAAACUAUUAAGAAUUCAGAAUAAUGGUCGGGAAAUAAGAAAGAAAAGAAAAGAAGAGAGAAAUUACCUUAAAAAAACAGAAGUGAAGGAUCGACUCCCUGCCAGACCGGCAUUUGUUAUCCAUGGCUUAAAUUUAUAUAAUAAACGCUUCUUAUAUCUGUUGUGCCUCAAAAUCAAUUGUUCAUGUUGCUCUCUUGUUAUAAUUUGAUUUAGACAAUCAAACUUAACGGCGCAGAAACUAUUGGUGCAGAAACCUAGUGGCGCAGAAACCUAGUGGUGCAGAAACCAUUAACCUUCGAAUUCAGGAUUUGUGUUUCCCAGUCCUUAGUUAUAAACCUAUCUUUUCGAUGGAUGCGUAUUAUAUGCAUUUUUAAUUUUAGAAACUGGCAUACACCUACAAUUAGUAGUACACUUACAGGUAGAAUUUAAAUCUUGGGUCGUUUCAAAGUGUAAAUAUAAACCGUCGGUUAAAAACAAAUACUAACUCGUUUGAUGUUUUCUCUAUAGUAGAAAUAGAGAUGCUCAUGUUGAAGGCUGUAUAGUGACCUAUAGUUAAUUUCCGUGCGGAGAGUUGUCCCAUUGACAAUCAAACCACAUCUUCUUCUUUAUAUAAACUCAUUAGAUACUAGUAGACACAAAUAUAAAUACAUACUUCAAAAAGCAUAGAGUGGACGUGGUCGGGUACUUGUAGAUCCCAAU